AACAGAUAUUAUUUAUUUAUUUCCCUGUCAGAUUAGUCAGAUAAGCAUCCUCGAGUUUUCAACUGAAAUCUUUGAGACCAGAAGAAAAAACAGACGAGGAAAAUAUGGAAGCCAAUAGGGCACAGGGUGGCAUUCAGCAGUUGCUUGCUGCAGAACAAGAAGCUCAGCAUGUUGUAAAUUCUGCCAGAAAUGCCAAGAUGGCUAGGCUGAAACAAGCCAAGGAAGAGGCUGAAAAGGAGAUUGCUGAAUACCGAGCUCGAGUGGAGAAGGAAUUUCAGAGUAAACUUGCCGAGAGCAGCGGAGAUUCGGGUGCUAACGUGAAGCGACUCGAGAAAGAAACCGAUGCAAAGAUUCAACACCUGAAAAACGAGGCUGCAAGAAUAUCAGAUGAUGUCGUCCAAAUGCUUCUCAAGCAUGUGACAACCGUAAAGAAUUAGUCCUCUUGAGGCGGCAAACAUUCGCAGCCUGUUACUGUCGUCUCCCUGCGUGUUGUAAUAUUUGCUUUGUUGUAUUUUUAAUCUGAACUCCGGUGAACAGAUUAGACCAUUUUUACGAGGUAAACCAGUUUGAGAAUAUGUAGGACAAAUGGUGUGCUUAUUAUUAACUUUAUGCAUGCAGACAAGAGCAAUAAAAUUUACUUAUGUCA